AUGUAUCAAAUCACAGGCAAUUUCUCUCUCGCUCCAGGAACCCGUUUCAUAGCAUCCUACAUUCCGAGACAAGCUUCAGUAUUAGUCAAGCGCUCCAACAGAAACACCUUGGACCUGGGCGUCAGGCCGUUUUAUUUACUUGGCCUCAAAUCACCUGCGCCCUCAAAACCACGUCCGUGCCCCGAUCAGGUCGCCAUUGUUCUGCAUAGCAACGCCGUUCCCGCCUCGUCGGCCAUGUAUAUCAGAGGUCGUUGGUAUCCGAAGCUUGUUCCGUCGUUAAAAGUCCAUAUAGUAAUCGUCAUCGAGCAACUCCUACUCUGGCAGGGUAGCCGCACAAGAAGAACAACCCAGGCUACGAUUGUUCGAAUGGCCAUUAAGCAAUAA